AUGUCCUACACUUUUCUAUUAAGACCUGUCCUUGAUAGAUAUAGGGCUUCUUCGUCCAAUCCUUCCCCCCCUGAUGCUCUACACAGCAAUACUUCUGGCUCUACAGCUGAUAUCAGCUUUAUCCGGUCCCAAUCAAUAUCCCCGCCGAAGAUCUUUGAGCACGUUGGACCUUUGAGAAAGAAGAGCUUUGUACUGUGGACGGAGAUGGUGAACGAUGAAUUCGUUGCAUGGUGGUUGAAAACUGAGUUUGGUAGCCGCAUCAACCGCAAUCUCUUCGAGGAUAAGCGUGGGGCACAAACAGCAGAAUGUUGGAAGCAUUUUCACCAAGUUGCUGCUAUUUCAGAUGGGGAACCGAGGGUUAUGUGUAAAACAUGCGAUCACACCCUUACAAACCCGGCAGAUGGUCACCGAGGAACAUCUUCUAUGAAUAAACACUACCAGGGGAGUGUUAAAUGUCGAAAGAAGACACCACAUUCAAAGGAUAUUCGGAAACUCAUCCAAAAAGGAGCACAUCUCGCACCGCAAAAGUCUGUCUUUACAAACGAUGCCUGGAUUGAGAGGAUUCUCAUCUUCCUGUCAAGCUUACAACUGCCAUUCCAGCUUGUUGAACAUCCCCAGUUUCGCGCUCUAGUUGAAACAAUUCGUCUUGCCCCAAGCAUGCCAGAAAUACCCACAUCCAUUACUAUCCGUCGCCGGCUACAGGUAAUCGUUAAAGAACGGCAGCAGGGUCUCCUUCAAACGCUACCUGAGGGUGGGAAGCUCUCUAUUGCAUUAGAUUCCUGGACGUCACCCUUUCGCCAGGCAUUUAUGGCAGUUACUGGGUAUUUUAUCGAGCACGACUGGAACUACCGCGAGAUACUACUUGGCUUUGAGCCUGUUCAUGGGUCGCAUACUGGCAUCAAUCUUGGCGCAGUUCUCUUUCCACUACUACAGAAGCAUGGGAUUGAGGAUCGCGUAUUGAUCGUUGCUACUGAUAACGCGUCUAAUAACUCAACGCUGGUAGAGAGUCUUAAGGGAUCUAUUCAGGGGCUCAAGCUACCAAGCAAUAUACCCAUUAUCCGCAUGCCAUGUAUUGCACAUGUUAUUCAGCUUAGUCUGAAAGAGCUUCUUGGCCAGAUGGAAGCUAAUCCGAAGAAUGAGAGAGAAGAGAUGGAUUUUACUGGAGGAACGGUUUCCUCUCGCCGAGAGAAUCACGAGAUAAUCUACACGUUGAAUAAGGUCCGAAAGCUUGCUGUCCACAUCAACAGAAGUCCCCAGCGCCGAGAGCAUUUCUUGGGGCUCCAAACCAAAGAGCCAAAGCUUGUGCCGAUGCAAGAUGUCAAAACCCGCUGGAACUCAACUUUUCUGAUGCUCCGACGAGCGAAGCGGCUACAGUCAACGUUCGAUGAGUUCUGCCGGGUAUAUAACCACGUGGAUCUUCAACUGAGCGAAGAGGAAUGGCGCCAGGUUGAAUAUCUUCUUUCAAUCACCCAGCCAUUUUUUAGCUUUACCAAUGAGGUCUCAAAGAGUAAGGAUAUCACUAUCCAUACCGUCUUUGGCAUCUACAACGCCCUCUUUGCUCACCUGGAGAAGUCAAAGAGACAGCUAGUGCGAAAAAAGGUCAAUUGGAAGACUGCGAUGCUUAAAGAACUUGUUUAUGCAAGGAAGAAGCUUUCGCAGUAUCGCAGGGCGACAGAUGACGUUGGCGACGAUCUCUAUCAGAUUGCUACAAUCAUGGCGCCUCAGAAUAAGAUUGAAUUCUUCCAGAAGCCAGAGUGGGAGCCAAAGUGGGCUCCUCGAUACCGCAAGAGCCUCGAGAAGUACCUUAUCCCAUACGAAAAGCGUUACUUGGAGUCCCAGCCUAUGCGUGAUAGUGUACCUUCCGCAGCACAGGUCUCCAACCUAGAAUUGAUGGUAUCAACCGCCCAAUCUAGCGAGUCUCAGACGAGCGUUGAUGAUGAGCUGAGGCGUUAUCUAGGUAGUAGUACUCGUCUCAUCAAUCCACGUUUGUUCUGGAAGGACCAUGAGAAUGAACUUCCUAUCCUUGCAAGCCUCGCGCGAGAUGUUCUUUCUACUCCUGCAUCCGGUGCAGGUGUUGAGCGGUUGUUUAAUUGUGCUCGGGAUAUCUGUCACUUCCGUCGAGGAUCACUGAAGCCAAAACCCAUCCAAGAUCUUAUGAUGAUGAUGUGUACAACUCGCUUUGACGUUGAAUCGGAGAAGUUGGCCUUUAUUGAUGAGUAUCUCUCUACUCAAGAGAUCCAUGAGAAAACGGAAGAGAAGGAGGCUCAGAAAAAGAAGGAGGAGGUGUUCGAUUUGAUUAGUGAUGAUGAGGAGGAAGAAGAGGAUUCCACUGAUGAUGCAACAUCUAAGCCGACCCAGCUAGUUGGCGAGAGCAUCCUUGGUAAGAGACCAAGAGUAGGAACAACACCAACAGACCUACUUAGUACCCAGGCGCCGCCUAUUCAACUAGAAGAUGGUGAAGGUGAACAAGAUGAGCCGCCUCUUCCAGAGAAUAGCAGUACCCAAAGGCGUACAUCUGGGCGGGUUCCGAAGCGUAUACGAAGGGAUGAAGACUUAUAUGAAUAUCAAAAGCCAUAG